AUGUCGGGCCGCUCGGUGCGCGCCGAGACCCGCAGCCGCGCCAAGGAUGACAUCAAAAAAGUGAUGGCGGCCAUCGAGCGCGUCCGCAGAUGGGAGAAGAAGUGGGUGACGGUGGGCGACACCUCCCUGCGGAUAUUCAAGUGGGUGCCGGUGGCGGACAGCAAGGAGAAAGAGAAAUCCAAGUCGAGUAGCAGUACUGCCCGAGAACCCAAUGGCUUCCCAGCUGACACCUCUGCCAACUCUUCUCUCCUCCUGGAGUUCCAAGGUGCUGUUUCUGCAGAUGAGAACAGCAACCAGAGCUCCCUGUCGGACGUCUACCAGCUCAAGGUGGAUAGCAGCCCGAACUCCAGCCCCAGUCCCCAGCAGAGCGAGUCCAUGAGUCCUGCCCACACGUCUGACUUCCGCACGGAUGACUCGCAGCCACCCACACUGGGGCAGGAGACGCUGGAAGAGCCCUCCCUGCCUUCCUCGGAAGUUGCAGAUGAGCCUCCCACUCUCACAAAGGAAGAGCCAGUCCCCCUUGAGACUCAGGUAGCUGAAGAGGAGGAGGAUUCCGGUGCGCCGCCUCUGAAGAGAUUUUGUGCCGAUCAGAACUCUGUGUGCCACACGGCCUCGGAGAGCUAGCCUGCCCGUCCCCGGGGAGAGCGCCUUCGCCAGCCCCUCGCAGAGCCGCCUGCCCUCCCUCGGGGGACGGGGUGCUUCCCUC